AUGGUGAUGGAGACUUUCCGGGAAAGGAAGAAAAGAGAGGCAGAAGAAGCAGCGAGACGAGCCGCCGAGGCUGCUAAGAGAGACGAGGUCGAGCCGAAAGAUGCACAGCAGGCCGGGAACGAGGCGUCUGUGAUCGGCUCGGGGAACAGAGGUAACCAAAGCUCUGGUCGUGAAGAUGGCGAGAUCGCCCCCGAGGCGACCUCUAACGUUCCCGACGAGCAGAAGUCAUCUGCUGAUCCGACCAAGUCGGCCAUUCUUGCUCUCCCUCAUUCGCCGAGGCCUCCAAAAUCCAAGCUCCUGAAGCACGAGGCGAUGAAUCGCAAGCGAUCUGCUGCGGAUAAAGGUAAAGGUGUCGCUCCCGACGAAGGUGAGCCACUUAAGAAGAGGCAGAAGGUAGCUGUUGAUGAGGUGAACCCGAAAAAACUCGUUGUGGACGAUGCCUUUGCUUCCGCCCAAUUGUUCUCCAAGGUUAAUAACGAUAAGGUUUCCUUGCCGCGCCCCGAGAAGCUAAAGCGACCGAAGUCUUACGCCGCGAUGGCUCAACGUGGUACUAAGUUUAUCGCCGCGGUGAACGAGCUAUUGGUGGGCUAUGAAUCCGACGCGCUCAAAGGUGAGCGUCGAUUUGUCGAGGCGAAGCAGGAGGUCGUGCAAUCGAAGGCUGACUUUGAAAAGGCGUUGGCUCGAAUCUAUGUGCUUGAGGAGGAGAAAGGAGCUAUGAGGGCCGAGCUCGAGAAGGCGACGACUCGAUUCGAGGAGUCUCGUUGUCGGAAAAACAGCGAGAUUGCCUCCUUGAAGAGGCAAAUCGCGGCAAAGGAUGCGCUGCUCGAGUCUCGAGUCAAGAUUGCUCAGAAAGACGCCAGGCGCGCUGCCGCGGUCAAGUUUCAAGAAAAGCUCGUCGAGAUCGAAGGGAAAAUGGGCGAACUGGAAAAGGCUAAGAGGGACGAGAACGACCUUGGUCAGAUUCGUAGUAACCUCGUGCUAAUCGGCGAUCUCCGAAAGCCAGAUGCCAGCCUCGACGCCGAAGAGGAGAAGCUGAAGAAUUGGGAGGUCGAGCUGCUGGGAGCCGAGGAGACGUUUGAGCGUGCCGCGACGGACUUGCGUGAGAGGUUGGUGGUUUCCCCGGUAUCUCCAGAUUCAGUCGAUUCUCGCUUGGGAAAUGAGCCGCUGGAGGUUACUGCGGCUUCAGUUGGGGUUACAAACCCGACCGGUUCGAACAUCGAUACUCCGAUAGCUACUGGUCUUGCUGCCGAGGGUGUUCCCGAGCUGCGUGCAGGAGAUCAGUAA